AUGCGCGCCCUACAUGUUGAUGCUGAGCUAUCGCCAUUGGUUCGUCGAGAGUUCACUUUAGUCAAACCAGGUUCUGUCAAUGGUCAUACAGUAGAGGGUGAUGAUGGAUCACAAGAUGCCCACAAGAUUAUUCUUCGCACCCAGUAUAGCGCAACUACCAAUCGCAUGCUCCGUGUUGCCGUAAAUGGCUUCAUGGAGUCUCUAGGCGUUGUCCUGCAAGUCAUAGAGGAACUAGAUGUGGACAUUCUACAAUCAAGGUCAUGA